ACGACGCUAACAAGUUGGCAUUUGAUGGUAACAUAUUGCACACUUCAUGUGGCAUAUAGACUAAAUUUCUUUGAGAAUAAACCAAUAGACACGAAGACUGUUGUUCUAUUUGGCCUCCUCAAUGGCAUCUCCAUUGGUCUUCUCAAUCUCAGCCUCGGUUUCAAUUCCAUCGGUUUCUAUCAAAUGACCAAACUUGCUAUUAUACCAUUCACUGUUCUAUUGGAAACUCUCUUCUUCAACAAGAAGUUUAGCCGGAAGAUAAAAUUUGCAUUAUUUUUACUGCUGGUUGGGGUUGGAAUAGCAUCAAUCACAGAUCUUCAGCUCAAUUUUGUUGGCUCUGUUCUCUCUCUCCUUGCCAUCGCCACCACUUGCGUCGGCCAAAUUCUAACAAACACAAUCCAAAAGAGACUGAACGUGACAUCAACACAACUCCUAUACCAAUCAGCCCCGUUCCAAGCCGCUAUACUCUUUGUCUCGGGUCCAUUUGUCGACAAAUACCUCACUCGCCUCAAUGUCUUCUCCUUCCAUUACUCUCCUAUCGUUGUGGGGUUCAUAACGCUCUCGUGUUUGAUAGCGGUUUCGGUUAACUUCAGCACGUUUUUGGUGAUCGGAAAGACAUCUCCGGUGACAUACCAAGUCUUGGGGCAUCUCAAAACGUGUUUGGUGCUCGCAUUUGGUUACACUCUCCUCCACGAUCCUUUCACUCCUCGUAACGUAGCAGGAAUCCUCAUCGCGGUCCUUGGCAUGCUUCUCUACUCCUACUUCUGCUCCGUUGCUUCUAAAUCCAAACAAGGCUCCAACGAAUCCACUUUUCUUGGGAAAGACAGGGAUACGACGCCGCUUUUGAGCCAAGAAAAAGAGAACCAUGAAGCAAAGAAAUUAGACAAGCAUUCUCCAGUAUGA